AUGUCAAACACCUUCAUGGAUAGGGUCCGCUCGUUUUUCGGAUUUGAAUCAAAUUCUCCAAGGAAUGACUUUCGAAAUCCUAUCUGGGGUUCAGACGACGAUGACGAUGGAGACGAACUUUACACGAAAAAUCCAAUGGACAUUUACAAGGAUCCGGUGGACUUGCACCGUGAGUUCUCUAGACAAAUGCAAGAUGUGUUAAAAAAUUUGGGAUCGAUAUUCGGUGACAUCGGCUCAUUUUUCGGCCCCGGCGACAUGGAAUCGUUCGGCACCAUGACAGACCUACCGAUUCCGGAUCCGGAAACAGAUAAAUUUGACAGCAACCGCAUCAGAGAUUACUAUUUAAAACCCGGUUACCAUGACUAUAAAUAUGAGCAACCGAAACUGGACAAUGAUUUGGAUGGGAAGAUAUCUUCUAACGAGAUAUCCGGACUCUUGCAAAAGAAAGAUGAAGGUCAGAUAGUUCCACAGACGCCUUUCAACGGAUCUCUUGUUCCUGGCAGACCGUUUUGUCAAACAAUCAUUACAACAAGUGUAACAAAAGCCGACGGUACAGUUGAAACUCGUAGGAUCAUUAAAAAUGGCAACGAAGUCAUUGAAGAAACGACAACGUCUACCGAACCAGAUUCAAGAGGACCCUUCAACCCUAUGCUAAGCCCUAUCGACACUACCAACUUCAUGUUCUCAACACUUUCAUCACUAUUAAAGAACUUUUACUAA